AUGUUUUCCCGCGUUCUUAGCAGACGCGCCCUGGGCACCGCGACUUUGGCCGCAACUGGUUACGCCGCCUAUUCCUGGAAUAAACCACAUUUCGAUAACGAGGUUCGUGUGACCUCCAAGCUCCACACACGGGCUCCUGCGCUGCCAGAUCGUGCAGAACUUUUGGACAAAAUGGCCAAAACUGAAGAAUUUGACGUUCUGAUCAUCGGUGGAGGUGCCACCGGAACUGGCGCCGCUGUCGACGGCGCCACUCGUGGACUGAACGUGGCUUUGGUCGAAAUGAACGAUUUUGCUUCGGGUACGUCUUCCAAAUCUACAAAAAUGGCCCACGGUGGUGUAAGAUACCUUGAAAAAGCUUUUUGGGAGCUUUCCAAAGCUCAGCUCGAUCUGGUCAUCGAAGCUCUAAACGAGCGUGGCCACAUGCUAGAAACAGCCCCACACCUGUGUAAGGUUCUUCCCAUCAUGAUCCCCGUUUACAACUAUUGGCAAGUGCCUUACUUUUACAUGGGCUGCAAAAUGUACGAUCUGUUUGCUGGCUCUCAAAACUUGAAAAGCUCCUACAUGAUGAGCGCGAAACGCGCUUCGGAGGUUGCACCCAUGCUAGACGCUUCUGUCUUGAAAGCAGGCCUAGUUUACCACGAUGGUUCCUUUAACGACUCCAGAAUGAACACUGCUUUGGCGGUAACAGCCAUCGAGCGCGGCGCUACUGUUUUGAACUACGUCGAGAUCACAAAGCUUGUGAAAAACAAAGAAACUGGUCGUGUUGAAGGUGCCAUGGCCCGCGAUCGUGAAACUGGUAAAGAGUUCAGUAUUAAAGCAAAGGUUGUGGUGAACGCGACUGGGCCUUUCAGUGACCGCAUACUACAGAUGGAUAACUCCAAGGAUGGCUUGCCCAGAAACGACUUAACACAGUAUGCUAAUGAAGGCCAUGACUCAAUAGGUUCCCGUGUCGCCGUUUCCAACCCCCGUAUGGUCGUUCCCUCGGCCGGUGUUCACAUUGUAUUGCCCGCUUUUUACUGUCCAAAAGAGAUUGGUUUGUUAGACGCCAAGACUUCUGAUGGUAGGGUCAUGUUCUUCUUGCCAUGGCAAGGAAAGGUUCUUGCUGGUACCACUGAUAUACCCAUGAAGCAAGUUCCUGAAAACCCUACUGCUACUGAAGCCGACAUUCAGGACAUUUUAAAAGAGCUACAACAUUAUAUCAAGUUUCCUGUGAAGAGAGACGACGUUUUGAGUGCAUGGGCAGGCAUCAGACCACUUGUCAGAGAUCCUAGAAAGUUGAAGGAAGGGGAUGAUGUGAGCUCCACACAGGGCCUAGUCAGGAAUCAUUUACUAUUCACAUCUGACAAUGGUCUGGUUACUAUUGCAGGAGGAAAAUGGACCACUUACAGAGAAAUGGCAGAACAGACAAUCGAUGAAGUGGUUAAGGUUGGUCACUUCCAAGCGAAGCCUUGUAUCACGAAGAAAAUCAGGCUGGCUGGUGGCGAAGGUUGGGAUCCAAACUUCGUCGCCCUGCUCGCCCAAAAAUACCACCUUUCAAGCAAGAUGGCAGAGCACCUAGCCAACAAUUACGGUACCCGUGCCCCGAUUAUCUGCGAAAUGUUUAAAAUAGAUGAAAAGAACCAACUGCCGAUUACCUUUGGUGGUAGGGAAAACGUCACGGUGUACAGAAAUGUCAAUUUCGAUUGUUUCCGUUACCCCUUCACGAUUGGUGAGUUGAAAUACAGUCUCAAGUACGAGUACACAAGAACAGCUCUUGAUUUCUUGAUGAGAAGAACAAGAUUUGGGUUCUUGGAUGCAAGACAAGCAUUGGCAGCAGUUGAUGGAACUGUCAGCAUUAUGGGUGACGAAUUGGAAUGGGACGAGGGCAGGAGACAAUUGGAAAGACAACAAGCUUCUGACUUCAUCAAGACCUUCGGUGUUUAA